UCCCUUAACAGACGACGGUGUUUGUUCGUUUUUUUGGACAGUCAGUUUGAUUUUUGUUGAGAGAGAGCGAGAGAGAGAGAGGACAUGGAUGAAUCGCUAGAAAUUCUGGAGAAAUCGCUUGCCAAUUCAGGGGUUUCGAUCCCACAAGGAGUGUCUUCGAUCAAAGACCUCAGUCCCGACACUUUGUUCUCGAUCUGCGCACAAUCGCUUCGCCUCAUCGACCCCCCUUCUUCAUUCCCCACCUCCCUCCCCGACUCCAUGGCCGACCGCUUCAAGAUCUGCACUGACCUCGCUUCUUCCGUCACCAACCUCGGUUUCAUCGGCGACAUCAGCUUCCACAAGUUCCUGUAUCCAUCUGAAGAGGACCUGUAUAAGUUGGUGAGGUUCUUAGUUAGGAAGCUGUCUGAAUUACCAAAAGAAGUUGGGGAAGUUGCUGAGAAAAGGGAUAUCAUUGCUAGUACAACAACAAAGGAAAAUGACUUCAAAGCCGUUCCUUCUGAGGAAUCGACGAAGAAGGCUGAUAAUCAUAGGGUAGAUUUGAGUGGUGAUGGAGUUGGAACCAGAUUAGAGGAUCUGAGGCUGAACUCUGAAGAUGCCUUUGUCAGUGGCUUUCUCGAGACUCAUCCAUUGCAACAAAAGAUUGGCACGGAAGCUAUUCCUGAGAUAUUCAGAUCUGGCAUGCAAGAUUUCAGCAAGGAGGAUACGACAAGUGUGCAGGAUGACAAUGAGUCAACGAAAAGACUUGGGAAGUCAUAUGAAGAAUCUGCAAGUCAAAUGGACGAUAAACAUGUUUCAGAGAUUGAGCAGAAACUAAUUUCUCUAAGCAAGCAGUCGUCUGAGAUAAGAUACAAGAUUGGAAAAUUACGAAGUCAGGAGAAAGUGCUUGUGGAGGAAACAAGUGCAAAGACCGUAGAAGCACAACAUCAAGAAGAAGAGCAUGAGUUGUUGAAAUCAGUUGUAGAAAUGGCAUUUGAUGACCAACAUAAUGCUGACUUUCACAUUACACAGCUCAAUGAGCAAGUAGAUUCUAGACGGGGUCAUCUUAUGGAACUCGAGACACAAUGGGAUACUCUCAGAAAGUCCUUGGAAGAGAAAAAGAGAAGCCUCGAGGAGGCUGUUCAUGCAACAAAACCUGAGUCUCUGGAAAAGCUGAACAAAUUGAAAGACAUUGAGCUGGAAAUAGAAGCUGUCCUAUCUGAAACUAAAAAAAGGGACGAGGAACGUUCUAAACUGUCAGCAGAUCUUGGAAAUCAGCCCAAACUUGCAUCUAGGAGAUCCUAUAUUCAGCGGAUCACAGAGAUCGCUAAGAACAUCCGGAAACAAGAUGCAGACAUAGAGCGGAUUUUAAAAGAUACCAGGGAGCUUCAGUUGGAGUAUAAUUCUAUCCAAGAACGCCUACAUCGAACCUAUGCAGUGGUAUAUGAGACAGUGUUAAGGGAAGCAAAGAAAGGCACCGUGGGGGGGCAAGCUUUAAUGCUCCUUACCAGCAUUCAUGAAAGUUUCGAUCAGAUCGCAGAUAAAAUCCUUAGCGCUGAUCAAAUGCGAAGGGAAGUGGGAGAAUAUGAAGCCAAGCUUUCAGCGUUGGCCCGCCGAAGCUUUAACGUUGACAAACUUCAAGCUGAUCUUGAUGCCAUCAGGAGAGAGAAUGAGUUCCUGGAGCGACAAACGCCUCAAUGACUCUUGAAAUCUGUAAGGUCCUGUCUCAUUAGACCUUAUACCUGCAAAAUCGUAGAUCAAGCUUUUAAUUUUGAUCAAUUAAUAGUCUGUAAUUUGUGAAAACUUAUUCAUUGUCAUGGAAAAUAAAUUUGUGAAAACUUACUCAUUAUUUUCUUCAAUAAAUUUGGGGGUAAGUUCUGAUA